UUUCAAUAGAAUAUUCUAAAUUUAAAUGUAAUAAAUGGAUACAAAAUUAACAUAUAAAUAUAAAUAUUUAAGGAAGUCACUCGGGUAAUAACAAGUGUAUGUGCAUGGGUGUGCAAUAAUUUUACCGGAAGGUUUACGCUUCAUUUUGUGUCACAAUGUUUAACUUGAUUUGUGGAUUUCUUUUUUUAAUGUGUUCUCAUAAAAUGAUAUAUGCAGCUCAACAUCUUGGAUAUAUCUCAGAAUAUAAUUGUUCAAUAGAAACCGUUGAUAGUGGAGUAAGAGACAAAAUGAAACUACUGCUUGAGGACGGAAAGAAAGUUACAUUUAUUCGUCUGAUAUUUACUAAUCAAAUAAAUCCUUUUUCGGAUACAUAUCGUGGAGAUUUGUAUAGGCCUAUGGACUGGGUGAGGAUAGCUGGCCGGCAUGGACGAAGCUUAUUGUUUCUAAGACCGGAAUUCGAGCAACUUUCAUUAACGACCUUGUCAUUAGAAACCGGAUAUAUGGAGGUGUCUUUAGUACAAAAACCAGAAAACUGUUUGUUGCAUUUUAAUUCAACGAUCGCAGAAAACAAUUUAAGAGAUCUUUUAUUGUCUGACUUUAAACCUGGAAAGGACGGAGGAAGUUUGAGUGAACACGAGUAUAUCUGCAAUAUGCAUAUCGGAAAGGAUAAUUCUAAUGCAAAGUUCUUCUAUCGCUGCUGUCACAAAGACCCGGAUGGAAAUAUAGUAUGCGAAAAAUUAAUUUAUGAUUUUUGGAUUAAUGUUGUCUUUAUUUGUGUAAUUAUUAUAAAUGUUUUCGCCAUUAUGUUUAGUCCAUAUCUGAUUCCAGAUUCAUUCUACAGAAAGAAAUAUGGUAGAAGCAUGUAUGAACAUAAAUUAAUGAAGCCAUUACAAAUCACAGUAAUGAAGACGGACAUUCCUCCACCUAAAGAUACUGUACAAAGUGUUGUGUCGAUUGGGAAAUUAAAGAUUAUGCCCUCACUUUAUCGAAACGUUCAAAAUAUUCCACAUAACGAAAUUCAAACGUUAUCGUUAUGGAAAAUGAACAUUGAUGUACAAUAUCGAAGACUUAUACCUGCUAAUUACGUUCCGGUCGGAAUUAUGAAGACAUUCUAUACAAUGUUUGUGAAAUGUCAUAUACGAAAGAUAUCAAAAUUUGGCCGAUGCUGCAAAGCAAGCAUUUUUGGGCAUCUGACCAAUGAAAAAGAAAAAGAUAAUAAUAAUAAAAGAGGUAGCAAUGAAAGCAUGGGUGAGUUAAAUACAGUCAAUUCCAGACAUUCUUGGUUUCGGUGCCUUAAACAAUUCAUGCGAAUUUUGAUACUGAUAGGGAUUUCAGUUCCGUGGAUUAUUAGAAUAAUUUUCUUCUACUGGUAUGAAAAACCACAUACAUUAGAGAUGGAAAAAGCAGCCAUAAUACGAAACAUGACGCUUUCGUUUCAAUGGAACUUGACCAAUUCGCUUACACCAAUUCACGUGUUGUUUCUAUUAUGUUAUUUCAUUAUUGUACUUGAUGCUAUGGUUUUUGGAAUAGUAAGUCACAAAGUCAAACUAAAACUGCAGUUAGUAAUGAGAAAAUGUUUGAGAGACAUGCGUGAAAUGUCAUGUUUUAAAGCUCUCGAAUGGUCCGCAUUAGUUUUAUUAGUUCCUUUUGAGAAGUGUGGCAUCUUUGGAUUUUUGAUAUUUGGAAUUUAUGUAGUUUUUGUUUUACCGGUUGUUUUUGGAGUUUUAGCGUUUUACUGUUUACCAACAGUGAAUUUAGUUUUACGUUUAUUUGUUCAUUUUGUUGCUUAUUUGAUGCCAUAUGGAAAGCAAUGUAUUAGUAGAUCAUUUUGCCUUCAAUUUAAAAACAUUUUAAAAGAAUGUCGAGACACGUUUCAUUUAGAUGUCUUAUCAAGCAAGGAAACCGUAGAACGACCAGAAACUAUUUCGAUGAAAAACCGAUUUCUACAGCUUUUUGUUCUCAUUGCUUGUUUCUUAACCGUCAUAUCUUUCAUUUUACUUACCAUGGAGAUGGUCCUGUUUAUCACAGAAAUAUUCAUUUAUACCAUCAUAGGAAUAAUAAUGAACGCAUCAGCAAUGUUGAAAUAUAUCUCUUUGAUAUUUAUGUUAGUACUUUAUGCAAGGGAUUGUUUUAAGGGAAUAUCAGAUAAAUAUCUGGAAUUCAACAAAUUGAUCAAUCGAUUGAUCGUUAAUAAGAUGCGCGAAAAAGUUGAAAAAAUAGCAAGUUCUGAUGAUCAAAAGAACACAGCAUUUCAAGUGCAAAUGGACGAUUCAGAGGAAAUCGAAAAGGAUACUGAAAAUGUAAAACUUAUUGUGAAGGAUGGAAUUCCGAAAUGGCAAAUACGUCGAUUAAUUCUAUUUUUAGACGUGAAUGAUAAACCGUAUCUUCCGGAAAAGUUUUUUAAUGCUUCGUGUUAUAUGAACACUGUGGGGGUUCCCGGUCCCUUAAUUUUCAAUGUAGUUCAAGCUACAUGGCGUUUUUUGUGUAUAUGCGUUUUCUUAAUGUUUGUUGUGCUGAUAGUUUUAGCAUUCGGAGAUGAAUAUCAGAUAUCGGGAACCAAUCAAAUGUUAGCGACCCUUGCUGGCGGAUUUUUACCAUGGGUGUUCCGAAAUGUUUUAUUCAAAUCAAAAGAUGCGUUAGGAUUGGAUACCGAAAACCUUAGUUUUAAAAGUAACUUGCGUAAAGAAAUUGAAAAUUAUGUUCAAAACUGGGACAUCGCAGAUAUGGAGGUACAAGAGAACUACAAUCAAAUUAAUGACACUAAUAAGAACACACAAGCUACGGAAAACAGUGAUUCUGAAACCAAAAAUCUGUUAAAUAAAGGCACAAAUAUUCCGACGCGUUUUGUUGCUUCCGUAAAUAAUGAUCAAACGCUAUCAAAUGAUGUAGAUCUUUUAAUUUACGACAAUCUGGUACGAGUUUCAAAUGUUUAAAAAAUUGUAUAAUAGAAGAGUGUAGUUUAAUUUAUUUAAAGUGUAAUAUUUUAACGAAUAUUUUCCUUUCCCUUGUUUUUUUCCAUUGUAGAUUACAACCUUCCUCUUCAAACCUGUUCCUGCAUUAACCUUCUAUCCUAAUGAUAGUAAUUGCUUAGAAGAGUUUUGUAAAUUCCUUUUCAAUAUAAAAGUUCAAGACAAAGCCAAAGAUAAAUUUAAGAUUUUAAGUUUGAGUUUGGAGACACUGUCUGUAGCAGUAUUCGUAAAUGGAUACAAACUUGUAAAAUGUACCUGCAAAUUAUAUGCGUAUCUAUCAUUGAAGAUGAAGACAUACUUUAAUAUAAAUAUUUGUGCUAAAUAAUUUAUAUGGAACUUUAAAGUGUUUAUAAACUUAAUGAUACUUGUAAAUGUUUGCUUGAAUGUCUUUAAAACUUUAUAUCAAUGUUUUACAUAAUUAUGCAUUAUGUUAUGGAAAUAUGUUUUCGAAAAAACAAUAUCAAUUACAGAUUGUAUAACUGCUCG